UUUCAGUCGAUUUUAAAGAACAAGGAACUCAGUUAUAAAAUGUUACCAUCUUGCUAUACCAAUGGAUCGGUGCUGCCGGAUAAUGAGGAGCUUGUUCAUUCCCUACUCUCCAAUCCUGAAUAUCUCAGGGCCCAAGUAUCCCCGAAUCCAUUGGGUCCAAGUGCCGUCGGAGGUGUGGGAAUGGAGGGUCUGAUGUGCGGAUCGUUCUCUCCCGCUUUCUACUACCAGGGAAUCGAUAAUUUCCUGGCCCUGCAUAACAAUAUCUGGGGCUUGCCCAUAUCCUUCCUUCAUAACUCCCAUCGACCGGAAAAGCCCCCGUUUUCCUACAUUGCGCUUAUUGCCAUGGCCAUAAGCAGUGCUCCUAACCAGCGAUUAACACUCAGUGGAAUCUACAAGUUUAUCAUGGACAAAUUUCCUUACUACAGGGAGAACAAGCAGGGCUGGCAGAACUCAAUCCGACACAAUUUGUCCCUAAAUGACUGCUUCGUGAAGGUUCCGAGGGAUAAAAACACGAUCGAGGACAAUGAUAGCGCUGGUAAGGGAAGCUAUUGGAUGUUGGACUCCUCGGCAUCGGAUAUGUUCGAGCAGGGAAACUACCGACGAAGGAGGACGCGUAGGCAAAGGCAUUGCGCCAACUCAAAUAGAUACGAAAGGGAAUCGGGAAAGGAUUCCAACGACGGUAACCAUAGUACAGCAGAGAUUCAUUCACCCAGCGAACCGCUGAAUGAUUUCGAUAUCUUCUGCAACGAAAGACCCAAUUAUUCGGAUAGGAUUACGGAUCUUCACAGGCAGUACUUGUCCGUAUCUCUGGGUUUCAACAGUCUGUUCAACAAUGAGGCCAGGGGAAUUCGAGCUUUACCCAGUUCUUCCCUCACCGAAAUCAGAGAAUCCUCAGAUGAUGUGGACGCCUCCUGCAGUUCCAGUAAAACAGUUCAUUGUCCCAUGGAAUUUCACGAGGAAUUACAUUCCCCAAGCGCCUUCAGUCCCCCACUCAAUCGUCGGGAAACCACUUCCUCUGGUGAUUCUUUUCGAGAACUCAAGGAUGUGAUGGGUGCAUCUUUCAGUAGUCCUGCAGCCAACACAUCCACAGUGGCAAACAAUCGAUCAAAGACUACAUUAUUUACCAUCGACAAUAUUAUUGGCAAGCCAUAA